GACAGGAAAUGUUUUAACAAAAUGGUGGACAAUCGAAAGAAAAAAGUUGUUGCAUUUGCAAUUUUGGAUGAUAUCCUUCAAGAAGACAGAACUGAUGAUGAGGGAGAGACAGAAAUGUCUUUUAUUGCUAUAUGUGCAGCACUAGCAUUACCAUCUCCAAGAGCCAACGUAUUUGGAUAUGUUGAAACAGUAGUUCCUAAUUACUUGGAUUCUGUUUUCAAGCGUUUAUUUCGUAUGUCCAGACCUGUUUUUCAACAGCUUGUUGAUUACCUGAAGGAUGUCCCUGAAUUAAACACCAAAGGACCUGGUGGAAUUGAAGCAAUUCCGGCGGAUAAAAAAAUCAUGAUUACCUUGUGGUACCUUGGAAGUCUCGAGACUAUUAACAAAAUAGCAGAUAUAUUUGGUAUUGGUGAAGCCUCUGUCAUAGAUUGUCGUAAUAGUGUCAUAUUGUCAAUUUUGAAAUACUUGAAGCAUAGGUUCAUACGAUGGCCAAACCAACAAGUAAUGCAGACAGAAGCACAAGCAUUUGCUCAGAGGAACGGUUUUCAGGAUAUAGUCGGUGCUGUUGAUGGCACACAUAUAAAAGUUAAUAAACCACAAAUCCAUGCCCAAAGGUAUUUUAAUAGAAAACAUUUCUACUCUCUGCAACUUCAAGCUGUUUGCUUGCACAAUAUGUUAUUUUCACAUAUAUUUACUGGAUAUCCAGGCAGUGUUCACGAUGCACGUGUUUUAAGACAAUCUGACCUAUGGGAUGAUGGAUUACAGUUGUGCAACAUACACUAUCAUUUGUUGGGAGAUGGGGCAUAUCCCCUUCGAAGAUGGUUAUUAACUCCAUUCAGAGACAAUGGACAUUUAACACCUCAGGAGAAAAAAUUCAACACGCAUCACUCAUCAAAUAGAGUCGUAAUUGAAAGAGCAUGUGCUUUGCUGAAAGGCAGAUUUAGUCGCCUACAGUUUAUUAACACUAAAUCAAUAGAACUAGCUGUAGACAUUAUUGUUGCCUGUUGUGUAUUACAUAAUAUAUGCAUUAUGCAAGGAGAGGACAUUGAAGAUCUACUGAAUGAGGAUGAUGAGAAUGAUGAUGGUGUGCAACAACCACCAGCACCAAUGGUAGAUAAUGAGGCUGAAGGGAUCAUAAAGAGAAACCUUAUUGCCAGAAAUCUCUAUUAAA